AGAGAGAGAGAGAGAGAGAGAGAGAGAGAGGGGAUUGGUCAAGGAGAUGGAUGGAUUGUGUGUGACCAUGUGUCUGUGCGUGUGUGUGUGUGUGUGUGUGUGAGAAUCAGGAGGUGUGUGCGUUAGUGCGUGCCAGACAGCAAAGAGAGGCGCAGUUAUCUAGGAUUUUGAGCCAAAAGAACCUCACUAACAGAAAGAGAGUGAGAAAGAGAAACAGAGGGAGAGAGAAAAAAUAGGAAGAGAAGUUGAGAGGAUGAAAUAGGUAUAUAGAUAGAAACAAAGAUAGAAAGAGACAUACACAGAGAUCGGGAUUACAGUAAGAUUAGAGUAAAAAAAGAGAUAGACAUGGAGAGACAGAAAAAGAUGAAGUUCACACAGAAAUAGAAGAAGGUUAUAUGGGCAGAGAGUGGAGGGACACCAUCCAAGGCUUCAAACAAAGCAUCAAGCCGACAGACUCAGGAGUGGAGUAGAAACCCAUCAAGUACAACAAAAAAGAAAAAAAGGACAAGUGGCACCCAAGAGGUGUGGGCACCCAAAUCCAAGAGGCUGGCAAGGAGGAACUGCUUUAAGGUGAAAACCGGUGUCGGGAGGCACAGUAAACGACGAAACUCAGAGGUGUCUGAGAGACUGAAUUCUGCCAGCUUUUCAAAUUAUUUUAGGAGUUUCCCAUGAUUCUACUGGGCUCAAUCGGUGUGGUCCCACUACUGCUGUCCCUGUGUGUGGGGGCCGUGUUGUCCCCCCCAGACGCACCCCCAGUCUGUCCCCACACCCCUUGCAGGGACAGUUUGGUGGCCGCUCCGCCUGCGAGGAUAGGGUCAGGGGGGUGUGAGGGGAGCCCUGGGACAGCGGGCUGCAGGGUGGUGGUUUCCCCCCUGGCUGCCUCCGACCCCCCUCUGAGGGAGGAACACAGACAAGAAGUCCGACAGGUCCAGCCCGAGGCAGGGGAUAUGUCGGAGCGUCUGUUCCAGUUGCAGCGAUGUAUGCAUUCCUUCCAGGAGCCGGGGGCCCCCAGGGGCCAGGCAGGCCAGGGAGAGGACACGCUGGGGGCCAUUCUGGCUCUGAUGGCUGCAGUGCUGACAGAGUGUGACCUUCACUGUCACAGCCAGGCCCUCAGGGCUAUGGCCAGACGACUGGAGGGGGCAGCGGUUGGGAGAGAGGGAGAGAAGGACUUGCUACUACUAUUGAGAAGCAUCACGCAACACCCUCCAACAGUUGCCCCCUCAGUGAGGCUGCAUCCUCAGGACUGUGCUGAGAUCUAUCGUUUGGGGAUCCGAGAGAACGGAAUCUACACCAUCCAGCCUGACCCACACAGACCUGCAGUCGAGGCAGAGUGUGACAUGGAGACGGCAGGCGGAGGGUGGACGAUGUUCCAGCGUCGGAGAGAUGGCUCGGUGGACUUCAAUCGGACGUGGCAGGAGUAUCGCGAGGGUUUUGGUUCCCCACAGGGAGAACACUGGCUGGGGAACGCAGCGCUGCAUGCUCUCACCAACACUGGUCAACACCUACUGCGUAUUCAACUGGAGGACUGGCACAAGCAGAAACGCCAAGCCACCUACAACACCUUUAGAGUGGCAACAGAGACACAGAAGUACCGUCUGACAGCACGGGAGUACUCUGGUGACGCGGGAAAUGCCCUGAGCUACAGCAAACGCUACAACCACGACGGCCGAGCGUUCAGCACCAACGACCGUGAUCAUGACCGCUACACCUCGGGGAACUGUGCUCAGUACUACGGUGCGGGCUGGUGGUUCGAUGCCUGCCUGGCGGCUAACCUGAAUGGACGGUACUACCGCGGGCGCUACAGCGGGCUGACCAACGGCAUUUACUGGGGCACCUGGUACAUCCUGACAGACAGCCGCAGUGGAGAGCGCUACUCCUUUAAGAGUGUGGAGAUGAAGACACGCCCACGCAACUUCUAAUGAUGAAUGACUUGGGAGCAGAUUGAAAUGGGACAGUUAAUGUGAAGUAGCAAUCUAUAAAAUGUAGGCCUACUACAUACUCUGAGUCAGGUUUUGUAUAUAUAAAUCUAGCCUGGUCCCAGAUCUGUUUGUGAUGUGCUCCAGCCAGAGAAACCCUCAUCGGGUUGCAGAGUAUGUGAAGGUUAUUGUUAACCAGCUGAUGACUGGAUGUUUGAUUCACUGGAUGAUGUUGGGAUAGUGAGCCACUAAAUCACUUCUUCCAGGUGUAAAUAUAGUGCUAAAUGGAAAAGUGUUUAGAUGUCUCUGUCCUGAUUUAUAAUUCAAGUAUGUAUCGAAGAAGUUGAAUUACACCAUUAACCAGCAGAAUAUGUGAUCAUAAAGGCUCAUGGGUUCCUCACCCCUGCUUCAUUUUUAUUAUCCAUCAUUUGCCAUGUACUUUGCCACCCGCAUCUUUUUUUGUUGUGAUACCUAAACGGCAGUAAAGUUUUCAUACAGUAUGUUAUGCAAAUCUUUCCACAAAUUUGAAAUGUAGAAAUGUACAUUGACAAUCAUGGCUUUAGUAUAGAGAAAUGAUUAUUGAAAUAA